UCCUGUGUAUCUUGCACAUGUAAUUUAUACAUUCUUUUUCCAAAGAAUCAUAAGUUGUAAUAAUAAGUUGCUACUAGAUUGUCGCAAAAUGGUAAAGACAGAAAAGCAUAGCUCUUUUGAGAGGUCCGAGUUUAACCGAAUGGUAAAGACGGAGGAACUUAGCUCUAACGAGGAUUCCGAUGAUGAAUCGGAUGGAGACUUUUCCCAGAACCCUUUGGCAUUCUCAACACAACAAUCUCCCCGAAAACAGAGAAGUGAAGACAAUUCAGAUGUCGAAAAGUCAGAUAGCUUUGAGGGAUACCACCAAGGCUCGCCAUCGAAUGUACCACUUACCUCUAAGGCGGUUUUGGACACUAUGCAGAAGUACCUAGUCAAAUGUCCAAAUGUUCGCGUUAGAAAGCUCAAGUAUAACGUAAAUGUUGAUUUAUCAGAUCCUGAUGAUGAGGUUUGGAUAGUUAAAUGUCCCGUUUCCAUAGAUGCUAAGAAACAUCUAAUGAAUGCGAAACUAAGCAGUUCAUUUGAACAAAUAAGUCAAAUUGAAUCUACGAACACUUCGUUUCAACUCGAGGGAUUUGUAAACAAAAACUCAUCGCAAAAACCAGUUACUGUUUUAUCUGGAGCAGAAUUCAAAUCGUUUGUUCCCAUCGGCACAAUUCAGAUCAGAGAAGCACUUGAAUCAAUUGAUGCUCCAAGUCAGAUCGAACAAACAUCUGUGCAUGGUGAAGUACCUUUUCCAGAAUUAAUCCGCGAUCGUCAUCCUUUACUAGGAUUGCAUUACCAUUCAGCACUCAAGUUACCGAAGCAUGUGAAAAAAUCCCUUUUGCUGGCUCGACAACAAGCAAGUAAAUGUUAUUUGAGCUCUGGCCGCUGUACAGCAAUUGAUGGAAAAAGAAAACGAAUUGGCAACGAAGGAUUGUCAGCAGAAUGCACCUCUACAGAAAUGGCACAAUUACUGGAUAAAGACAAGUUACAGUCUCCUGAAAAGAAAAAGGCGAAAAAGCAGAAAAGAAAAUCCAUCAUCGAAGAUGAUCUGUCAUGGCUACAAAAUAUUUGAUUAUUUAUAAAUCUAUUUGUAAAUGUUAGAUCGAAUAUUUGUAAGGUGUUGUCUACUUGUAUAUGGAAUUGUU